GUCAGCGGCAAGUAAAGCAGCGCCGCCGAGGCUAAACUUCGGGAUCUAUCGAACUAAAAUUGUCGUGUAGUUUCUGCCUCCUCUUCUCGCCCCUCCUAGCGCGACCUACCUCUCCCUUGACCCCACCAGUGCCAACACGCGGGCAACGGCAGCAUCUCGGCCGGUUGCGCCCCUCCGGGUCGAGCACCCAUCCCCUCCACGAAACGAACGUCGAACGAAGAGGGAAGAAAGCGGCGACGGUGGGGCGUCACGAGGGACGAGGAGCGUACGGCUGAGCGAGAAGAAGAGAUCGGUACGCGUCGCGAAAGAGAGCGACGGCGAAACGGAAAGUGGAAAAGGAGCGAAAGAGACGGAAGAGUCCUGUCGACGGGGAGGGGGUAGGCAGGGAGCGCGUUAGCUGGCCCCACGGGCGACUCACCAUAUUUUAUUGUCGCGUUUGCCGACGCUAACCGCCGGCGUACGGCUCCGUGCUCGAUCUACGAAGAUGCCAAGCUGACUCGGGAGAAGAGAACUACACGGAACACGCUCGGCCUGCUGCACACAUAGCGGGAGCCGCGGUUACGAAUUCGCGCGGGUACCAAGGUGCCGGUAGUGGCAUCCUCAGCCACCGAGCAGAGGUGGCACCAGCACCCCCACCACAACGCGCGGCGUGCCAGCCUGGACCCUCCCACCCGUCUCGCCGAGGGCAAACCAUCUCGCAAAAAUCGUCCCCCUUUCCAUGGAAGGAAAAGAACUACGGCGACGACUCUGCCACCACCACCGUCGAGCCGACCGUUUCUCGUCACUACCACCACCACCGGCGGCACACUACCAUCGUUAUCGCCAGCGCCACCGUCACUGUACCGCUGCCUCCUCCUACACCGCGAUCAACCGUCAUCUCGCGGAACGAGGAUACCAGAACUUACGGACUCGGAUCGCGUUGUUCGGUCCUUGGAGGUACGCGGCACUCGCGGUACUCGCGACACUCGCGUACCCACGGCUCGUACGUUCCUCGCUCCCGUGUGCGGUGACCGACGAUUAAAAUUUUCGACCGUCGGCAAUAGUGCGCGUGUGGAUCGGUAAACCGUGUCGUCGGACAAACGGAGAGUAUCGCGCUCGAUCGGACUGCCCCCUCGUAGCGCGCGCAAAAGAAGUCUUCGGCAAGUUUGAAAGGGAGAGGGGAAGAGUCGUCGCAUGGACGCGCGCUCUCCUUCUCGUGCCCCCCUCUAAACACGAGUGAGAACAUACGCAUACAUGUGGACGUACACGCGCGCGGAUCGGCCAGAGGACGAAGACAGAAGCGCCGAGGCGUCGAACACGCGUGAACCGUGCCAGUUUGUGGUUGCUUGUUUAAAGAGUGCCCACGAUCCGCGGGGGCUCCGCGUGUCCGCGAGCCGAGAAGAUCGCGAUCGACGGAUCUCCGAUUCCUAAGGACCAGAGAAACAAAAGGGGUGGAAGGACUCCGGACGCCGAGGGAGAGAAAAAAAUAAAACGGACAAAAAGAAAAAAAGAAGGAAAGAAAAAGGAAGCGGUGCGCGCGACAAGUCCUCGCCUUUCCUUUUUCACGAGCCUCUCCGUCACCAUCGCUCGAGUUCUCGACCUACCGCUCGUUCCCUCUCUGUCUCGCGUCUCACGCCGGCCGUUCGUCCCUCUCGAGCUUCCUCUCGCUCGCUCCUCCCUCUAUCCCGUCUAGCUUUCUCGUUUCCACUCUCGCCGUAUCUGGCCCUCCUCGUCGCACCUCCGCCUUCCUAUCCGCCGAACGGAGGACUGGAUUCCGUCGAAAAGAAACGACGAUUCGGAGGAUAGUCGCGACCGAUCAUAGCUGGCGCGUCGAUCGGAUCAACGCCGCGGGUUAGGCCCCCGAGAAAAUCAUCCACCGGCUCCGCAUUACGCCACACGCAUUACCGUGGUGCCCGUGUAAUUAGUUCUGCACUAUAUCUGACCGUCGCCCGAUACCUGCGACGAGAUUCAGCCUCUGUGACGAUCCGUUUGUUCGCGUCGUUGACGUACGGUUGUCAUCGCUAGCGAAUCCUCCGGAGCGGACGGUGUCGUCCGGGGCAACCACGUUGCGGUCGGAGAUCGGAAAACUGGUCCCCCAGCCUUUGUGCCCGCGUCUGUGACAGUGCGAGUGUAUACGACCGGAGUCUGCGUUCAGGGUCGAGUACAGUCGGUCAGCAGACAGUGCGAUAAACGCGAGUGAGAAAAAAUAUUUCCUAUUUCGCGUCCAUUCUCGACCCGUUCGUUUGUGACUAAAAAGGGGUUCGUCGACGGCGAUCGCUUUUUUUUUUUAUUCCCCUGCGGUGCCGCCAGUGACAAAAAAAAAAGAAAAGGCGAAACGGAAAGGAAAAGUGCCCUGGUAUAUCUUACGAGUGACUCGGUGAGACUGUAACACGGAUGCCACGGUCUGAAACGAUGAUCGCGUAGCGGCGCCCGACCAUCACGGCCCUGAGUGGCCGACACAUCAUGUCACAGUUCUCUUUUCGAGGAUCGCCAAAUCUACAGUGCCCUGUGACAGUGAGCUCGUCGUUGGCGUCGUCCUCGGCCUCGCCGGUAUCCGGUGCGAUACUGAGUGCAAGCGGUUCGUCGCUGGUCAGCGUAGCAGGCACAACCACGAAUCAUCCCCUGGGCGUAGCUGCCGGUUUGUCGAACGCGAGGAUGGCGGUGACCAGCGCGGUGGUUCGGCCGCCAGGCAGCCCGACCACCUCGGUCAGCCCGUCCCAAGGACACCCGCCGCCGACGACCGGCGGCCCAACGCCGACCGGAAGGUGUUGCGACACCGGAAGACCGAUCUUCACGGACCCGUUGACGGGCCAGACCGUCUGCUCCUGCCAAUACGAGCUGCUCGGCGGUUAUCAACGGCUCGGAGCCCUACCGACGGCCGCGCUAUCCAUGUACAGCGCGCCGUAUGCGGCUGCGGCCGCGGCCGCCGCCUCCGAGGGCAUGGCCGCGUACUUCCCGAGCCUGGGGGCCGAACAAGCUCCAUUUUACACGCCUACGGCUGCUGGCCUCGAUCUGAAGGAAAAUCUUGGGGCUGGAGCUGCAGCAGCGUGGCCUUAUCCAUCCGUGUAUCAUCCUUACGACGCCGCUUUCGCCAGCUAUCCCUUCAAUGGUUAUGGCAUGGACCUCAACGGCGCGAGACGGAAGAACGCAACGCGAGAGACGACGAGUACAUUGAAAGCUUGGCUGAACGACCACAAGAAGAACCCGUAUCCGACCAAGGGCGAGAAGAUCAUGCUGGCCAUCAUCACGAAGAUGACUCUGACGCAGGUGUCGACGUGGUUCGCGAACGCGCGCAGACGUCUCAAGAAAGAGAACAAGAUGACGUGGGAGCCGAGAAACAGGGUCGAGGACGAGGAUAACAACAACGAAGACGACGACAGCGGAAGGAAGAGCGUGGAUGAGAAGGAUCGAUUAGAUUCCAAGGAUUCUGGUACCGGUUCGAGCGAGGACGGCGAGCGACCGGCCCACCGGAUGGAUCUGCUGCACGGUACCAGCGGCGGAUCCGGGGUGCAGGGCAGAACCGAGAGCGAGUGGAGCGAGUCGCGGGCGGACAGCGGCCCGGACAGUCCCGAGUGUCUGUACGACCAGAGAGAGCCGAGGCAUCCGCUGCAACUGCAGCAUCCCGCGUAUCUGGCGACGACCCACGGCCGAUUGUUGCGUCACCCGUCACCGGAGAGCACACCGCCGAGCAGCCAUCAUCUCCCGGCGAGCACCAGCACGCCGUCCACGGGCAGUGUGGUGACCACGAAGCCGAGGAUCUGGUCGCUGGCCGACAUGGCGAGCAAGGACGGGGACCAGCAGAGCCCGAACCCGACGACGAUGUCCGGUCUCUCGUCGCCGUACAGCGGAAGCAGCGGCGGCGGAGGCGGGGGCGGCGGUGGCGGGAAACUGGUGAGCCCUCUGGCGAGUCGUCUGCCUCCCCAUCACCCCCUCCACCCGGCGAUGCACUCGGGGGCGCAGUUCGUGCGACCGCAUCCGGACUUCUACCGGAACCUGUACGGCGCCUCUCACCUUGGAUCCGGUGACAUGUCCUUGUUGGAGACCUAUUCGAGGACCCUGGGCGGCCUCAGCGGCGUGAUGCCGCCGUCCACGGCCCCCAGCAUACUGACCUCCUCCGCCUCGGCCGUGUCCGCCACCGGCAACGUGAAACCGUUCACGAUCAACGGGGGCGGCGGCGGACCCGCUGGGCCAGCCGUCCUCCUGACGACCGCGUCCUCGGGCCUGUCCCCGUCCUCCUCGUCGACCGCCUCCUCGGGCGGGUCCGACCAGUCGCCCCAUCCGAGCGGCAACCUGCCACCGACGCAGGAGCUCAAGUCACCGGGGCGAGUGUGAUUCCCCCGUGAACCCGUGGACUGAUUUAACUGACUCGAUCGAACCGAGCUGACGGACCGCCGCGUGGAGCCAGUCGCGAGCGCGCGGCGCUGUUGUGUGGUGUGGAUGACAAUAAUAAGAGACUACGAUCUUGUAAUUAGUGUACAGUAACUGGACCGAAGAACCACGGAACGAGAUACACCCUCCCCCGCGGGUCACCCCCGUCCUCCUUUGUUCCUAGUCUCUCUUCAUCGUCUUUCGUCCUUCUCCUUUCCUGGCCCUCUGGGCUACUCCCCCCGAUCGCUCGUUCUCCUUCACGUCGGUUCUCUCCACUGUCCUCGACGAUAAACAAAUAAGGAAAAAAAGUAAGGAGAAAACGAAAAUCGUAGGCCCCCCGUUCCCCCCGUUUAUCUCCGUAGGCAGCAGAGCAGCAGCUAUCGCGGUUUAAAUGAAAAAAAAAAACACUAUCCUAGGCGUCGACUCGACAGUCAUAUUAUACAUAAAGUACUAUAUAUAUAAAUACACGGUAAAAAUAAUAAUUAUUUAUGCGUUUGUAAAUAGUAGAGAGGGCCCAGUAGAGAGCGUCCGGCCAGUGUAUGUAUUGUAUGUAGAGUAGGUACGAUAUUAUUAUUAUAAUAUUUGAGAUCAUAAUUCAUACUAACGACGGCGAUGACGACGAUGAUUAUUAUUAUUAUGAUUAUGAUUAUUAUUAUUAUUAUUAUUGUUAUUGCAAUGUUUAUAAUAUUAUCGAUUCGCGUCGACUCGGUCGAUCAUGACGAGGUAUGGAUCGUUGAUCGCUGCGACGGAUCACGGGCGACGGGACGGAGCGCACGAAUCCGCGCGGGAGCCUCGGUUUCUCCGUUCGUAAAAGUAUUAUUUAUUUAUUUGCUCGACGCUCGAGAUCGUCGGCGAGUCUCGAAGGCGCGAUCGACCGACACCUUCGACGAACGACGACGUCUCUUCUUCCUUUCGCGAUCCUCCUCUUCGCCUUUUGCCGCUGAAUUUCGUCGAACGCGCUCCGCUCCGCCCGUAAUCCGCCAGAACUUAGAAUUCGCGUUGCGCCCCGCUGCCGCGAACAAACCUUCCGGUCCUCUAUCCGGGACGCUAGGGACAUAAAACACACACACAGAGACGUACUAAACUCGGGUCCCUAGAAGGUUGGACGAGACGCACGCGACGCCUGCAGGGCGCAGCGACUGUCAACAUAUCAUGUCAUGUCGAGAGUGAACGAUCGCCAUCACCUUUUAGUCAUUCGUGUCCAAAAUUUCACGCGAGCUCGCCGAUGCCACAUUGGCAGAUGGCUUGCAGACUGUGUCCUUUCGCAAUAAAC